AAGUGACAGUUAUAAAUGUAUGGUAUUAAAUCCCCUAAACAAAAGCCAAUCCUUUAUUUCACAAUUAAAGCUCUCUCAAUCAUUUUCACCUUCUAGCAGGCCAUGCUAUUUAAAUUUUUUUUCAUAAUUUCUUAAUUUUUUUUAUAAAAAAACACAAAAUAUUGGCCUAAAAAUAGAUAAACACCUUGUAAUCCUUAACCUAAUCCCUAACACAGCCCAAUUUUAUUUUCCUCCGUCGUUGCUUCAGCUUUCCGCUGCCACCAUUGUUGAUACCGUCACGGUUUUUAGGAUUGCUGUUGAAAUGGCGAAGAAAGAAGAGAUGAGAUUAAGGAAAGCGAUUACGUUUUCGUCAGGCGGAUCGGAGCCAGACGAAUUGCGACGCAUGGCAUUGAAAGCAUCCAAAUCGUUGAAAAGCGACCGGCCUUUGUCGAGGCAAUUAUCAAUGUGCGAGGCGUCAAGGGACAUCGCGUGGGAGCGACGUCGACAACAAAUGCUUAAGCAAAAACAGAGGGAAAGAAAGGGGAUUGACGUAACCGAUGGUAAAAAGUUGACAGAUGAAGAUCUGCAUGAACUUAAAGGGUCCAUCGAGCUAGGGUUUGGAUUCGAAGAAGAACAAGGGCAAAAAUUAUGCCAAACAUUGCCGGCUUUAGAUCUUUAUUUUGCUGUAAAUCGUCAGGUAUCGUCGAGUCCGGUUUCGAGCCCUCAUGGCGGAGGUCCAGCCUUUACGCAGUCAUGCAAUGAGUUCGAAAGCCCUAGAAGUGUAUUGGAUUGGAAAAUUUGCAACCCAGGAGAUAAUCCUCAACAAGUUAAGACCAAUCUAAGGCAUUGGGCACAAGCUGUAGCAUGUGCCGUGAUGCAAUCAUAUUGAUAGUGUGGGAUGCAGAGGCAAAUUAAAUGAAAAUACACACACAAUAGGAAAGUUGAUGGCAGCAUUUAACAAAUUGGUUUGUCACAUUAGGUGUUGACAUUUGGCUUCAAGGAAAAAGUUCGAGGUUGUGGGUUCAGAGAUAAUAGAAGAGGUUUGUCAGAUGUUGAGAUUUGAAUUUUAGAUCGAAUGGAUACGGCACGUUAACGAUGAUUAGAUGAACUAAAUGAAAUAAACUUCAAAGAUUUCACUCUGAUUCUUUGAAUGCUUAUUCUUUUAAGUUUAUUUUCUUUAGCAAACCAAAAUUUGAGGCACAGUAUAUGUACCAAUAGAAGAUUUUUUUCCUUUUUCUUUCUUUCUUUCUUUUAAUUUCUGUAUGAUUGAUUGUUUCUAUAAUAUUAACCAACAUGUGUCAUUUUUCAAUUCCUUAGGAAUGAAAGACACUAUUUCAUUUAUGAAAAA